CACAGCCACGCGCAAACUUGCACCCCUCUCUCCCUUUCCCCGGGGCCUUGUAGUUCAUAACCCUUUCCGGCGCCUGCUCGUUAAGAUUUGUUUCUGCCGGGUCGCUUCGAUACCUUGACAUUUCCUACCCCCUUUCACGCUUGCAAGCUGCCCUCGCGACAAUCAUCAGAUGGUGCGAGCUGCCCGCGUGCGGGUUGCGUCACGGUGGAGAUUUUCUCCCCUCGAUCGUCCAUCCUUUACGAAUUCCGAACAAUGCUGUAUCUAAAUAUAAAUUAAGAAUGUCGUGCGAAGAGAUGCGAAAGGAGGCGAAAAGUAAAAAAGGUUAUUUCCAGAUCAAUGAUCAGCACCGUGAAACAGGAAACAAAAUUCGCACUCACUCCCCACGCGCAUACGAAAAAGUCUUCCCGCCCGUUACCAGAAAACCCCACCAUCAUCAUCAUCUUCUGGAAAUUGUCCAUCGAGAGGAGAGUCCGAGUGUUGCCCGCUGUGGCGACAGCCGUAGCUGUCAUAUCCACUAGAAACAUUGGUAGUGUAAAGCCGUUGAGGGCUGAAACAAAUCCAAUCACUCUUGCCAUCCAGUCAAAUGGGCUCCACGACCAAGCUUCGAACAGCCCUUCUCGAACACCCUUCUGCCGACCAGCACGAAGCUUCAACUCGGCAAUUGGAACCCCCAAAAUUACGCCCCCGUCGAACGAGGGGAGGAAACCAAACUUUCGUCACGGCCAAUGGAAGGGUUGCGCAUUAACGCAUAUCGCUGUCAUAAAACUCCAUAACAGCCUCCAUUAUGCGGCAAGGGUGGCCGUCCAGGCACGAUUAUCUCGCCCCUGCCAUGCGAUACCCAUAUGGUAUGGAUAGGACGGCGGCGCACCUGAAACCAGCACCCGCACCGGAGCAUGGAGAAAGUGUGCGCCCUACCUGGCUCGGUGCGGUCCAGGUGCCUAGGCUAGGUUC